UUUUUCCUGUCCCUCGCGUGCAGUGUUUAUGCCGGGACCGAUCAUAGGUGGCGCUGCGAUCGACGCCAGCUGCAUCCUCUGGCAGAUCGACGCAUGCGGUGAGACGGGGUCGUGUUGGAUGUACGACAACGAUCAACUACGCUACACUCUGCACGGCAUCGCGCUAGGAGUUAAGUGCGCAGCCACCUGUCUGUAUGCUGCAGCGUUUCUGACGUGCAAGGGAAAGCUGGCCGGUGAUGACAACGCCUAUGAGACAGAUGAGAAUCAGGGAGAGCGAGAGGGAAGCGGGAAGGAGAAGGAGGAGAGAGUGGAGAUGUUGAGGACGACGCCGGCGGCGGCUACCUAAUUCGUGUUGCUUCGACGCCCGCGUGUUUUUUUUGACGCUGUGUCAUUUGCGAUAUACGAUACGUCUGUGUGUGUGUGUGUGUGUGUGUGUGUGUGUGUGUGUGUGUGUGUGUGUGUGUGUGUGUG